AUGUCACUGCUCUCUACUCCAAAUAUCGGUGUCGCCUUUGGCAUUGCCGCGCUCUUUUUCGUGAUCCGCUAUCUGCUGGUCAAGAGACAUCAGCUGCCUCUUCCUCCAGGCCCUAAAGGCCUCCCAAUCCUGGGUAACAUCAGGGAUAUGCCCAAGAUCGACGACGUCGAAUGGAUGCAUUGGGCCAAACACAAAGACAUCUAUGGCCCGAUUAGCUCCGUCUCUGUUCUCGGCCAAACGUUUAUAAUUGUCAAUGAUGCAGAAAUCGCACUGAAGCUCUUGAAGGACCGCGCACCAAACUACUCUGCAAGGCCGAAACAGGUCUUUAGUGGUGAGAUGGUGGGCUGGAAGAGUAUGCUGGCCAUGCUGCAGCCUGGUGCGGAAUUUAGACAGCAACGUCGCAACCUUGCUAAGAUUGCCGGAUCGGCUACUUCCAUUGCAGCGUUUGAUCGCAUACAAAAUGAAGAGGCAGCACACUUUUUGCUAAAUCUUUUAGACAGCCCCGAGCGUUUGUUCGAUCAUAUCAGAAAAGAAGCUGGCGCGGUGAUAUUGAGGAUCACUUAUGGGUACACGCCCAACGCGCGAGGUCCGGAUCCACUGGUCGAUAUGGCGGAGCGAGCAAUGACCGACGUUGGAAUUGCAGCUGUGCCAGGAAAGUGGACCGUUGAUUUACUACCGUUCUUGCGCUACCUGCCCGAUUGGUGUCCAGGUACCGGCUUCAAAGACGUAGCCCGAGAAAUGAGAAAGAAUUUCUUCCGCAGUGCUGAACAGCCUUAUAAUUGGGUCAAGGAACAGAUGCGAAACAAAAAAGCAAAGACAUCCUUCAUGUCCCAGGCCAUUGAGUUUCUGGGCACAGAGGCUUCGAUGGAGAAUGCUCAUAGAUGGUCCGCAGUCUCCAUGUACUUGGGUGGCUCUGACACAACGGUAUCGGCCAUUAUGGACUUCUUUCUAGCCAUGGCUGUCUUUCCGGAUGUACAGAAGAAGGCACAGGAAGAACUUGACCGCGUGAUUGGUAGUGAUCGAUUGCCGACUACAAGCGACAAAGCGAGCUUACCGUAUAUUGAAGCCAUGAUCAAGGAGACCCAUCGUUGGCACCCUGUUGUACCGAUGGCUUUGCCCCAUUGCCCCUUAGAAGAAGAUAGCAUCAACGGGUAUAGGAUUCCAAAAGGGGCUCUCGUUAUGACUAAUUUAUGGUGGUUCACCCACGACCCUGCCAUAUACGCAGAUCCAAUGACCUUCCGGCCCGAACGCUUCAUAGCAACUCCAACCCAUACCGCCGAACCCGAUCCGCGAAACUGGACAUUCGGUUUUGGCCGUCGUAUCUGCCCCGGUCGUUAUAUCGCCGACAAUGCACUGUUCACAACCAUCGCACAAUCGCUAGCAGUAUUCAACAUUGAGAAGCUCGUUGAGAAUGGGAGGACCGUAGAGCCCAGAAUUGAGUUCGAGCCUGGAAUUAUUAGUCAUCCAGUUCCAUAUCGUCUUAGCAUUAAACCAAGGAACGAGAAGUGCCGUAAGUUGAUUGAAAAAGCUGAACAACUCUACCCGUGGGGUGAAAGCGAUGCACAGACACUGGAGAGUAUGAACUAG